UGUAUGAAUGACAAAAGGGGGGAUUACGCAUCGGUUGGUGGGUCAGUUCUCGGAGUCGAGACAGGUGUUGUGAUCUAAGGGAUCAGUGAGUGUUGUUAUCGUGUUUUAAAUCAUUCACAAUGCCAAUUAAUCGUACUUUUAAACGUCAAGUGAGGGAGGAUAAAUUAAUAAUUUAAUUGCUUAAUAAUUCGUUGCUAAUAAAAUAAAAUUGACAAUUUAAAUAAUUUGAGUGAAAUGGCAAGUGAACGCGAAGCUAUAAUUGUCCCCGGAAAGAAAAUACUCUUAGAUGUGUUUCUAGUAGCCUUAGUUGGUUUCCCGAUUUUGUUUAUUUUUUUAUGGCUUAGUCCAUAUCGUCGGGGCUUUUUCUGCAACGAUGAAGACCUCAUGCACCCCUAUCACCCCUCGACUGUUCCAAGUAUUUAUCUCUACAUCGUGGGAAUUAUCAUGAAUUGUACUGUGAUGAUAAUGAUAGAAUACUUGAAUCAGCCUCAAACCAGUCACGAGGUGACUUUUUGGAGAUUCCGUGUCCCUUAUUGGUUCUACAACGUUUAUUACGUCAUUCUUGUUUUCGCAUUUGGAAUGGCUUGUUCGCAAUUAAGCACCGAUAUUAUGAAAUAUACUGUGGGUCGUCUUCGUCCCCAUUUCCUCACAGUUUGCAAACCCAACAUCGACUGCUCUUCGCCCCCAAAUCAGCAUAUCUACCACGUGGAUUUCAACUGCACCAAUCGGGAUUACAUCCACAAUGCAAGGAUUAUGAAAGAGAUGAGAUUAUCAUUCCCUUCGGGACAUUCCUCCUUUUCCAUGUAUACAAUGUUGUAUUUUGCGAUUUAUCUUCAAAGAAGAAUGGAUUGGGACGGAUCCAAACUUUUGAAACACACUUUGCAGUUUUUGGCCGUUGCGGCUGCGAUUUUUGUCGCAAUGACGCGAAUUUCUGAUAAUAAACAUCAUUGGAGUGAUGUUUUAAGUGGAUUGAUUAUUGGGACCAUCGUGGCUUGUGUUACGGCUACGGUUUGGCUUAAACACGAAAAAAUUGCUUUUAACACUUACGAUGAAUAUGAAUACAUCCCAAGUAGUCCUAACACACAUGUCUAAAGCCCGUGUUUUUUCAACACUAUUCCAACAACAUCCCAUUCAAGAUUUGGUACGAAAAGAAUUUCUUGAAUUACAAGGAGUUAAUGGAAAUAAUGCCCAAAUUGCGUAAUUUUUCAAGCGACCUGACACUGUACUUAAUCAUAUCACACAUCACAAUUAUUUAUUUGUUAGAAAUUGAUUGAGAUUGUUUUAUAUUUAUUUAUUUAUUAAUUAGAUAUUAAGUUAUGAUAGCAAUAAAAUUGUUAGUUCAGUAUUUGUAAAACAUCCAGAAAAUGUGAUAAAAACCUAAUUUUGUACCUCGCACUUGGUAAAAAACUUUGUAUUCAUGAAUUGUGAUAAUUUUAUUGGCCAGGCUCUAAUAAGUUAAACCAAGCAAUACACACAAGUUUUUCAUUUAAA